ACGAACGAACUUCCACCUUACCAACCUCUACAACAUCCGCUCAGCGCUGCCGGCCGCGACAAACUGCGCCAACUAUCACAACCUCUCAAGUUUCAGCAGAACCACCAGCUGCUUGCCGAAGUCAUCGCAUGCCUGGGCGAGGCUGCCGCCGAAACAAAUGAAGCCUUGACCAACAAAGAACAAGCUCUGGAGCGUGCUCGUAAUAAGGCUAGGAACAAUGACGACCCCGCCGCAACCCAGCAGCGUGUACAAGAGAUGGAGGCUCAAUUUGAGGAGCUACAGGCAAAGGUGGACAGCAUGACUGCUCAGAUGGACAAGGACGUACGGAAGAUGAUUGAUGUCGACAACAACAUCGAAGACAUGCAACACACCCUUUCCGACCUCGUCAAAGACGUCUCGAAUGCUUCUACACAACGAACACAACGCACUCAACGAGGCGAUGACGAAGAAGAAUACUCCGACUUUGAUCCUACCGACCCUACAAACGCCACACAACGACCACUCGCCGUCUCCGAACUCUUCAAUGACCGCGUUGCUCGUGCCAAAGAUCGCUACACGGCACAGAGUUUGACCGAUCGCUACAGCAGAAGCAAUCACUACAAGGGCUUCAAACAAAUCACCCACGAUGCUCGUAACAAUGAAGACCCACUUCCACCCGCCCACCUCUGGUUCAAGGAAGACCGGCCCGAUGCUGGACAAACCGCCCUUGGUGCCGAAGACAGCGACGACGAUCUGCAAAUCGCAAAAGAAACAGUGAGCACAAGGUGUCCCUUGACACUGCGAGAAUUCGUCGAUCCAGUUACCAGCAUCAAAUGUCCCCACUCGUUUGAGCGCGAAGCCAUCACCUCGAUGAUCCAGAUGCCUAACAAUCAUGUGCGAUCCGAGGGUGCUGCUGCUGUUCAGUGUCCAGUUGGCGGAUGUCAGAAACUGCUGACGCUGAAUGAUAUACACAGCGAUCCUGUCAUCAAACGCAAGAUUGCCAGGUUACAAAAGGCUAUGAGGGAUGCUGAGGAAGAUAGUGAUGAGGAA